AUGCGGAUCGCGAGCUACAACCUUCGAUACGACUCGAUGCCGGACAGCAUCACGCCCCAGCAGUCGCUCGACGCGCUCCCGGACGCGCUCGCCGCGCCGACGUACUACGGCGCCAAGGGCGAACAGCCGUGGAGCACCCGGCGCAUCAAGGUCUUCGAGCACCUCGAGAGCGAGGGUGUCGUGCUCGCUGGCUUCCAGGAAGCUUUGGUACGCCAGGUGACCGACCUUGCGACUCUACUUGGGGACGAGUGGGCUUGGGUUGGUGUUGGGCGCGAUGAUGGAGUUGCAGCUGGGGAGUUUAGCCCGGUGUUCUACAAGAAGUCUGCGAUCAGCCUCAUCUCAAACGACACGUUCUGGCUCUCAAAUACGCCGUUUGAUGUCUCGAAGUUCCCCGGCGCGGGCUCCUUCCGAAUCUGCACGGCCACUCACCUUACGCUGCAGACUGGCAACAAGCCCGUGAAAUUCACCUACCUCAACACUCACCUCGACGACCAGUCCGACGCGGAGCGGCGUCUCGCUGCCUCGCUGAUGCUCACCCGCGCACGCUACGAAGCUGCGACGACCGGCGGCCCCGUCAUCGUCACUGGCGACUUCAACAGCCCUUCCACCGGCACGGAUUCCGGGGCGUACCAGAUCAUCACAGGGCAAAUCCCACCAGUGGCGAUCAACCAAACGUUCGCGGAGAAGUACGCUGUGCCGGACGGUGUCCUGCCCAACUUUGUGAUGCAAGACCUCAAGGCGAUCACCCCGCGCCCAAAAAUAUCGGGCGAGUACGCGACGUACACCGGCUUCAACGCGCCUGGGGACGCCUCCGUCUACACGCGCAUCGAUUUCGUGUACGGGGGCUCGAACGGAAAGUGGACCGCGGACGCGUACAAAGUCGGUUCUUCCUUGACAGACGAUGGCGUGCUUGCCAGCGACCACCGUCCCGUCUUCGCAGACAUCACGCUCCAAGCCUGA